AUGUCUUCCAUCGAAUCGCAGAUGGAGCCACUAACGUCGGGAGCUAGCAACCGGAUAAUUCCGCUUCUGAAAGCGUUUAGAGGCUCGCUUAUCUUUGUUUACACUUUCUUUCUGUCGUUUAUUUUGUUUGUGGGACGGAACAAGGUGGCGGUACCGGGGUCUCCAAAGAGAAAUUUGAAGAAACGGUGGUUGGUUAGAGAAGAGGAGGAUACGUUUAGGAGAAGAGCGUUGGCGCAGGAUGUUGGAAUGGGUCGUGAUGACGGUUGUUGCCGGUGGAAUACUUCGAUUUUUUAUGGUGUUAGGAAUAACGCUUUGUUUUGUCGUUCUUGGUUUCCGGUUUUUGGUGAUCUUAAGGGGAUUAUGAUCAUCAUUCACGGGCUCAAUGAACACAGUGGAAGAUAUGCGGAUUUUGCUAGGCAGUUAACAUUGUGCAACUUUGGUGUCUAUGCAAUGGACUGGAUAGGUCAUGGAGGUAGUGAUGGAUUACAUGGUUAUGUUCCUUCUCUUGAUCAAGUGGUUGCAGACACAGGAGCUUUCUUGGAAAGUAUUAAAUCAGAGAAUCCUGGGAUACCAUGCUUUCUCUUUGGUCACUCCACAGGAGGUGCUGUGGUCUUGAAAGCUGCAUCGCACCCUCAAAUUGAAGCAAUGCUGGAAGGAGUUAUAUUAACCUCACCAGCGCUGCGCGUGAAGCCUUCUCACCCAAUAGUUGGUGCUGUUGCUCCAAUCUUUUCUCUGGUAGCACCAAGGUUCCAAUUCAAAGGAGCAAACAAAAGGGGCAUUCCAGUUUCAAGGGAUCCAGCAGCCUUAGUGGCGAAAUACUCGGAUCCUCUAGUCUACACAGGACCUAUUAGAGUCCGAACUGGCCACGAAAUACUGCGAAUAUCGUCCUACUUAAUGCGAAACUUCAACUCUGUGACAGUACCAUUCUUUGUCCUGCAUGGAACUGCUGAUAAAGUAACUGAUCCUUUGGCAUCACAAGACUUGUACAACAAGGCAGCUUCUGAGGUCAAAGACAUAAAGCUUUAUGAUGGCUUCUUGCAUGACCUUUUGUUUGAGCCUGAACGAGAAGAGAUAGCUCAGGACAUUAUCAACUGGAUGGAAAAGAGAUUAUUUAACAGUAUUUGA